UCGCCUGCUCUUCCGCUUUCCUUUUCUCUUCACUCCUGUCUCCUGCCUCCACCGUCUUGAAAAGCAGAGUAGAGUAGAGAGAGAAACCAAAGGACCAGAGAGACAAGAGAACAGAGGAAAAGAAGGAAAGAGACGAGAGGACUGGCGGCUUUAGGCGGAGGAAACUAAUCCCUCGAAAUGCCGCCACCUGCACAACCGAGCACUAGCCUGAACGGUGACCACAGACCAUUACGCCCACCGCAGAGUUCAAACACGCACCACCACCACCAUCCUUACUACCCAACGUCUUCGUCUUCCAAGUCAGCCUCCUUGAAAGGCUGCUGCUGUUGUCUCUUCCUUCUCUUCUCCUUCCUUGCUCUCCUUGUUCUCGCUAUCUUCCUUAUCAUUAUUCUCGCCGUCAAGCCUAAGAAACCUGAGUUCGAUCUCCAACAAGUCGGGGUCCAGUACAUGGGCAUCUCCGCUUCUAAUCUCAAUUCACUUGACCCGACCACCGGCACAACCACCAUGACCACUGGCGCCACCACCGCUUCACUCUCUUUAACUAUCCACAUGCUAUUCACUGCCGUUAAUCCCAACAAGGUAGGUAUCAAGUACGGCGAGUCUAAAUUCACUGUCAUGUAUCAUGGGAUUCCUUUGGGGAAGGCUUCGGUUCCUGGGUUUUAUCAGGAAGCCCAUAGCGAGCGGCAGGUGGAAGCCACCAUCUCCGUUGAUCGCUAUAGCUUGAUCCAGGCCAAUGCUGCUGAUUUAAUCAGGGAUGCUUCGCUGAAUGAUAGAGUGGAGCUUCGGGUUCUGGGUGAAGUUGGUGCUAAGAUCCGUGUUGUAGACUUCGACUCACCUGGAGUCCAGGUAUCAGUGAACUGUGCAAUAGUGAUAAGUCCAAGGAAGCAGUCUCUUACAUACAAGCAAUGUGGAUUUGAUGGACUGAGCGUCUGACUAGGCAGAACAUGGCCAAUAACAAAAAGGCAAAUAUUAAAAAAAAAAGAAAGAAGAUUUUUUCUUUUUUUCUUUCGUUUUCUCUCUGCUCUUGACUGAUUUUCCCACCUCCUCCUUAGAAACAGAGCAUGGAGAAAAGCAAAAGAGAAGGGUAGAAAGUAGAAAGCAUGUUAAGGUUGGAGAUACAUCAAUGGAGUUGAAUGAAAGGCAAAAGCAUGGCAAGGAAUUAGGUGGUAAGAAGGAGAAAUGGGGUUAAUUCUAAAUGGGAAAUCAAAGUGGUUUUUUCUCAAGAUUUAUCAGAUUUUUAUUCUUAUUUACUUCACCUGGAAGAAAAAAAGAAA